CUAAACCUCGCCGCCACUUUUGCGGCAUAUGUGGGCAGUCCUGCGCAACGAAGGACAGCUUGCGCCAACACGAGUCUACGCAUGCCGAGAUGCAGAAUAUCUGGACUUGUGAGAUAUGCCAUUGGUCAUUCCCUGAUGAACUGGCUCUUGAGACACACCAGCUUCAUUCUGAUCACAAACCCCGGGCGAAACUCACCUUCGCAUGCGGGCGUUGCGCAGAGAAGCCAUCCUUCGCUACGGAAGAGCAAUUAGUGGCUCACCAGAAAUUUCCAAGCUUCUGUGCGGAUGCAUACACUGGAUACAAGACCCACACUCCAGUAUUGGACUAUGGCUUACAACCACUGGAGAACGUGAAGCCGCGUGUCGAAGGCAAACUCACCGAGAAUGCGUUCGUCGAGGCAGAGAGCCCCAAGGGUGCCGACAUCUCCAAGGGCUCCGACAUCUCCAAGGGCUCUGACAUCUCAAAAGGCGCCGGCAUCUCCAAGGCCUCCUACAUCACCAAGGGUGCCGGCAUCUCCAAGGGCACCGAUAUCUUCAAGGGAAUCGAUACCUCCAAGGGCAUCGAUACCUCCAAGGGCAUCGAUACCUCCAAGGGCAUCGAUACCUCCAAGGGCAUCGAUACCUCCAAGGGCUCUGAUAGGAAAUGUGAGGGAUGUAAGAAGAGCUUCGGCAGUGAGGCCUCCUACACUCGUCACUUCUUAGCCUGCAACUUCCAGCAAAAUCGUGGCGGUGAAGUGAAGUCAAUCAACAAACAUACCGGCUCACAUGUGCCUGACAGCCCAUUGGUUCAAGCAUUAUCCCGCGCUUCACUGGGGUGCCACAACUAUCGUAAAAUCGGCGCUACGACAGCCAAUCCUGUAGAGAAGAAUCUGGUUGUUAAGCCUGACCAACAGAAAGAGCAGUUGGUCACGCCGGAGAUCAAGAACCAGUCACAAUCAGUGGGUGCUGAACGGUCACGCCAGCCACCAGCCAUCCAGCUAAUCAAUGAGCUGGUUCGUGGUAUACCUCAGGGAAACGAGCCGCGCAAUGCAGACCUUGUCAGUCCUCAAAAUGCUGGAGGAAAGAGCGCAGUUGAAGUAGCUAAUGAAGACUGCCACGAGCAGAAUGAUAUCUUCGAAAAGGCGGAUAUCAAACAGGAUGUAUCCCAGAGUCAACAUGCAGCUGAAUACGGUCCCAGAACCAAAACCUCCACAGUGAAGGUUUCAGAUAUGCCACCAGCGGUACAGAAGAUUCUCUUGAUGAAUGACCCAAGCCUAUCAGAAGGCGACCCUCUCUUGGAAGCGUCGAAAAGCCCUCGCCGUAGCAAGCGCAUAGCCGCUAAGCAGCGACCCGAGCUUGCCAGAUAUGUACCAGGACCACGGAUGCAAGAACAGGAUUCAAUUCAUCAGCCACUCGAGGACCAUACUGAGGACCAUACCGAGGAUGCUAGGCUGGCUGAGACUUUGUCUAAACAGAUCAUGCGACUCGCCCUGCAGUCUGACAUCAACAUCAUGCAUGAAGGCAAGAUUGAAUGCAAUGGUGAAAACUGGAUUCGGAUUCCCGUUACCAAGUACGGCGAUGCCAUUGAAAUGCUUGACGGUCUUUGUCACUUGCCGCGCGAACUUCAAAAGGAACAUUAUCUGCCUGUCCCCAAGACUUUCAGCAAGAAUUAUACGGCUUCCUACCUGGUCACAGAUUUCGAGCCUUCUCCUGAGGUGGGCAAAUAUGGAACUGCAUUAAAGGCCAUUGCACUGUCAACUAGCAAGAUUGAGCUGCCUAACAAAUGCCUUGAAGCAAUCAAAAUUGGAGCAGUCGAUGUUCUGUCAGGUCGUGUCAUACUCAAUCACCUCAUCUGCAUCGACCCCAUAUCCCAAGUCUCUGACUGGAACGCCAAGAUCACCGGAUUCGCAAGCUAUGAGGACCUAGAAUAUGCCCGCAUGAAUGGAUACAAGGUCUUCAAGGGAUGGGAGGCUGUGCGAUCCGCACUUUUCAGAUUCAUCAACAAGGAGACCAUAGUCGUUGGACAUAACCUACGAAGCGACCUCGAUGCCGUUCGACUGAUCCAUGGACGUGGAGUUGACAUUGUCAAAGUGAUUGAGAAAGCGGCCAAAGGACCCGUGUCCGAGCCACAGCUGGGUCUGGACAGCUUGUGUCGGGACAUUUUGAAGAAGACUCUCAACACCACUCCUUACUUUGGUCGCGACUGUCUCCAAGAUGCGUUCGCAGCUCGAGAACUUCUUCUAUGGAAUCUGAAGAACAACGAGAAACUUGUGCAAUGGGCAAAGGCCAGAUCCGAGGAUUUCUGUCGUUUGCGCCUUGAGAUACGCUCCUAGUCUGGGAAUGUACCACUGUUCCAUAAAUUCUGACCGUAUUCUAGAGACAACUUCGCCCUCGCACGCGAGUAUCGAUGAUUACGGAGUGUGUGUCUGAUCACAGCUUCGCUAAAGAAUAUAGGGAGGAAAUGGUAAUCAACGUGUGACCACAAUAAUGACAAAGAGAGAGUUGCAGGUUUCGAUGCUUAUUAUCGGGAAAUGGCUGAAGGUGUUCAUGUAGCAAUGUAAGGCAAAACAGGGGAGUUAACGGAAUCAAUGAAACUUAUAUAAUACAA